UAUCAUGGCGGAACCUUCAGUAUCAAGCACUGGAGCGAUGCGGACUGUUUUUGCAGACGCACCGCUGCGCUCAGGAGAGUUUGAACAGUUUAGGAUGGCUCAAGCAGACAGCAGGGCUCUGGCUUUGGGAGUUCUGGCAGGGGCUGCUGGGAUCAGCUUGGUGAUUGUCUUCUUCCGCAAAAUAGGAGCAGGCAGUGGCAGAGUCCUUCACCUGAGCAGAAGCGCAGGCAGUCUGGGUCUGCAGACGAGCCAGGCGGAGGUGCUGGAUCAGCUGGGUGCUCUGAUCCACUGUGUGUCUGAGCUCAGAGAGGAGGUAAAAGCCUUGAAGGAUGCACUUCCACAGCUGCAGGACAAUGUCAGAGAUCAACUGAGGGGCCGGAGGGGGGACGAUAUCAGUGCUCACAAAGCAAGUCCCCUUCAUCGAACUCCCAGUAGCAGAAAAAGAGCAGGAGUCUCAGGUAGAAGUGAAAGACAAAGCUCAGGAGAAGCAGAGAGUGAAGGAGGGUAUAUAACCGCACUGACAGAUUCCGAGGAAGAUGAAAGUGAAGAUGACCAAAAACCACUGCAGGAACCAGUGGAUGAACUCACAGCUCUGCUGCGGAAAGCAGACCGACUGCACACCAGUAACGGGGCAGAGAAAGCACAAGGCCUGAAUGCUCUGCUGGAGAGGAAAGCAGAGUUUGAUCAGAAGUGCCAGUACCUUUGGCGGUUGUCCAGAGCCUAUGCAGAUGCACAUGAUUUUGCUCUAGACCUUGCAGAGAAGAAGAGCUGUGCUGAGAAUGGAAAAACAGUUGGUGAAAAGGUGAUUUCCAUCAAUCCACUGUGUGCUGAAGGUCAUCAGUGGUAUGCUAUACAUUGUGGGCUCCUGUCAGAGUAUGAGUCUAUUCAGAAUAAAAUAAAAAAUGCUUAUCUUUUUAAGGAUCAUCUGGAUAAGGCAAUAGAGUUGAAUCCUGAAGAUCCUCUGUCGUAUUACUUGCUGGGCCGCUGGUGUUAUGCUGUGUCACAAUGUACCUGGAUUGAGAGGAAAAUUGCUUCUACUCUGUUUGGAGAGCCACCCAGUGCCACGAUCCAGGACGCCCUGCACAACUUCCUCAAGGCAGAAGAGAUCAGUCCCCAGUAUUCAAAAUUCAACUAUGUGUUUUUAGCCAAGUGUUACAAAGACUUGGGUCAGAGGAGUCAAGCCCAACAGAUGUGUGACGCGGCCUCUGCAAUGAGCAUUGAGACUAAUGAGGAUGAGGAAGCACAGAAGGAAUUGGAGGCCCUUGUCGCAUCACUUUAAAUCUCCAACAAAAGGCAACAAAAGCUGUCUGUCUUUGUGUUCCGUCUCUUUGAACUGGACUGUAGCUGUUUUCCCUCAAACCAACACAUGAACUAGUAAUGUUGGCCUGGAUUUACUGCGCCUCUAUUAAAGGGGAGCCCAGCAGCAAUGUUUUGUUUACUCAAAUUUUAUGGACAAAAUAUUGUAUAUGUUUUUCAGGACAAUUUCUUUUAAUUCUUUUUGACUGUUUGUCCCCCAGAACAUUUUAGACAUUAACAAUAACAGUUUCAAUGCACAUUGUGGCCCCAUGACCAUCAGUGGCAGCUGUUAGAUUGAAUUUAGAAUGAAUUUAAGUUUCGUUAAGGAAUAGUUUGUCCAAAAAUGAAACUUUGCUGAAAAUGUACUCACCCUCAGGCCAUCCAAGAUGUAGAUAAGUUUUCAUCAGAACAGAUUUAUAGAAAUGGAGCAUUACAUCACUUGCUCAUCAAUGGAUCCUCUGUAGUGAAUGGGUGCCGUCAGAAUGAGAGUUUUUCACCGGUUUUCACUUCACAAGAUGUAACCGUAAGUGAUGGAUUGGAGUUGUGUGGAUUAUUGUGAUGUUUUUAAAUCAGCUGCUUGGACUCUCAUUCUGACGGCACCCAUUCAUUGCAGAGGAUCCAUUGGUGAGCAAGUGAUUUAAUGCUACA